GGGCUGCAAAGGGUGACUGUUGGGUAGUAUGGAUGGUGGACACGACUGGCUCUGGGUCUGGUGGUCAUGGUCUGCUCCUGGCAAAGCAGCACCAGGGAUGGGUGAAGGCAGGCAGCUCUCUGCCCACCCUUAAGCAGGUCGCCCUUGGCUGGACCAGGCUUCAGCUGCGUGUGUAUCUGCAAACAGUCGUUUCGGUGCUGGGUGCUCCUGAGGAUCUCUUCCCCCCUACCACCAACAGCAUGGAGAGUGUGCGUGAGCUGCAAAACCCACUCUUGGCCAAGGCCAACGGACACCUUCGCAGCAGCUAUUCUUACCACCAGCAUCACAGCCAGGACUACUCCAGUCAUCACUGCCAAGGGAAACUGUAUUCCUACAUCUUCCAAAACGCUGGCAGUGCCAGGACUCACCAGCUGCUGGAUGCCAGUUCCCUGCAGCUGGCUGUUGAAGCCUUGUACGGCCCCAGUUUCAUCCUUGUGAAGGAUGAGACCACUCUCAAGGCCAAGGACAGCAAAACAGAAAGCUGUGAAACCACUUUUACAGAAAGCAAAGAGGCUCCAUCCGAAGCUCCUGAAAGGCACGAGGCGCAAGGGUCCUGCCUGGUAGAGAGUGACAUCCGCAUCCAAACUGUGUCCUAUGAGGUGGAGGAAGAUGAGCUCCAGGAGUACGAGAGCGACUCCUCCAGCGACAGCGAAAGCGAGGAUCAUUUCCUGAUGCUUCCCCCCAGGGACCACCUGGGUUUGGCCCUUUUCUCCAUGCUGUGUUGCUUCUGGCCCCUGGGGAUUGCUGCUUUCUACUUCUCCCAAGGGACCAGCAAGGCUGUCUCCAAAGGAGAUUUCCAUCUGGCCAGUUCAGCUUCCCGCCGAGCUCUCUUCCUUGCCGCGCUCUCCAUAACCAUCGGCACAGGAGUGUACAUCGGGGUGGUGGUAGCACUGAUUGCUUACCUCUCAAAAGGGGGCCAUGUAUAGCUGCCACCUGCAUGUCACUGCCGUCCCUGGCUGGGGCCCUCCUGGGAUUGAGCUUUCCUGUGGAGCACAGAGCACCAGUGCCUGCAAAGGCUGCUUGCACAGCCAGACCCCGGCAUGGAUGCACUAUGUAGGUUUUUUCUCCUUUCAGAGAAACAGUAAAUCCCUGUUCUCUCCAAGGCUGCAGUGUGCCACCAUCCAACAACAGGGAAUUGAGAACCAGUCUGGCUGCUGGGACCAGGAGGAGCACAUUUGCCUGAUGGAAGAUGUGCAUGCUGCUGCUGGGCUGGUGCCACCACCCCUCAUCUGGGGCCACAGCUUCCCUUCUCAGCCCUGUAGCUGGGAGAGCCAUUGCUGGUGCCCAAGCUUGGCCCAUGAAGAGGGCACACAGGGAGGAGAGGGGAUAUGAGGCCAGAGAAUGACCGCUGUUUCUUCCAGGAGGCCCGAGUCCUGGUGGGGUCUCCAGACUCCUGUGAUGGGGACAGGAUUCUCACUUCAGCACCACGGGGUGGCACCUGGCUCCUCAGAUGCAGUGAAGUAGGAGGACAGAGCAUGAACAAGACCAAAGGGCAUGCUCUACACAUCCCUCUGCUCUACACAUCAGAUCCCUGAUCCACAGGAAAAAUCCCAGUUGCUGGCCCAUCCCAGAAGCAAGGAGGAAGGCAGGCUGGUGGUUGCACAACAUCUCUUCCGUUCCUGGUGCAGGCUGGUAAAGACAGCAAUGUUUUCUCCAUGUUAAUAAUGACUGUCAUGAUGAUCCCACGUCUGAGCCCCCAUACAGUUGCCAUCUCAGAGUGCUGGGCCCUAAAAAGACUUGUAAUUGAAAUCUCUACUCAAGAAGUGACCUGGGAGGGGUGAGGGCCUGAAGGAUUCUACUCUUGGCACGAGGUCAGGGCCCUGCACACAAAGAAGGAUGGAAAGAAAAGGCUGACAUCACAUGCAGAGUCUGAGGUGGGAGUGCUGUUUGCAAGGGGAUGAGAUCCAGAGAAGGAAGAGACAUGGAGGGAGCCCAAGACACAGGGGGUGACCCCAACACACUCCUUCCCAUGCCUUGGAGAGGGAUAUCUCCAUCCUUCCUAAAGCCUCUGCUGACAAGGAAAUCUCCAGCAUCCCCACAUACAUCUUCCUUUUGCUUACUUGUAUAUUGUCAGAGACAUGUUAAGUACUUCAGAGGUGGGUAUGCAGGCAAUGGCUGCCCCAAAAAGGCAUUAAGAGGCUAUGCCUCACCAGCAUCCACCUUGACCAUCCCCCCUCUCCCUGGCCAUGGCUCCCCUGUUGCCUCUUUCCCUCAUGUGCAGGGGACUGCAGGCACACUCUGGGCACCCCUCACCCCCUUCCCAAGGUUUCUGGGCAGGCUGCAGCCAGCUUUGCAAGAGGCACAACAUGUUCCUCCAGCUGGGUGCCAUUCAAAUGUACAUUUCAUACUAAAGAAGCAUGUUAAUGUCUGCAAUUGCUGUUGUACUUGAGCCAUAAAAGAGAGAAGCGCAUCAGAGACCUGUACAGAAGCUGAUCUGAAACUUCCCAUUACGUUUUAUAACAUGGAAGAGCUAAUAAAAAAAGCAGGAGAAAAGUCUCUUUAUAAGAAUGUGGAGCUGGCUAGCAAAGAGGUGAGCUUUGCAGGAGUGCCACGCUUACUUAAACCUGGAGGUGUUUAUGCUGUUCCCAAAGGAAGUUAUAAUCUAGCCAGUGUCUGGGCAACUUGGAGGGAGAUGUAUUUCAAUGUAGAUCACGGUGAGCAACUAACACUGAGAGCGGGACGGUGGUGUAGGCUGUUUUCCCUGUGUGGAAGGGACGAGAAUUAGGGAGAGAGAGACUGGAGCAAUGUGUGUGUUCUGGCUACUGUGUGUAUAGCAGAAGCAUAAAAUAAAAUGUGCUUGAAGAGGGGCAAAAGAAUACAGACAUAGGAGGGAACAAGCAGAUCUUGCUUCUGAUGGUGGACAGAGACAGAAUUUGCAGGGAAGGGCUGGGGUGUCCAAAAGAGAUGAGGUGGCUUAGAGAGGAGGGAUAAGGGGCAGACUCACCCAGCAGUUGAGUGACAGUUUUCAUUGCCCUGUCCUGCAUGUGCUCAGCCAUCCUGGCUGUCCAUCCCUCCAAAUAACCAAGCAAGACAAGAGCACUAUUUCAGAGAGGGGAUGUCUGUGGGUACCCAUGCAGCCAGGGCGACCAGCCCUGCAAGCCCCAGCUCAUUGCUGUCCCAGCUAAAGCCCUCCUUGUCUAUCCCCUUCAAGCACCCCCAGCUGGGGGGCAGGGGUGGAGGCUUCCCACCAAUUCUGGUCCAGACAAAAUCAUUGGGGCUGCUAGACCAAAAUCUACAGUAAGAAACUGCAUUUACCUGUGCAUUUGUAAUUCUUCCAACUGGAUUCCUCCAGGGCUGCCAUGGGUGGGGGUGGGGUCAGCAGCCCCCAGCCCACUCCCCAUGGGCAGCCUGUGCCCCUGCCCCCCAAAUUACUUCUUUGACUUUUUUUAAUUGGAGAUGCCUGGGGAAGGACAAGGCCAAAGGGCCAACAGAAUUAAAGUAUUUUCCACUAAUAGCCUGAAUCUCUGAUGACCUUGGGGGUGGGGAAGAGGAGAAGGGGCUGUGCCAGAGCAUGUGUAAGGGGGACAUUAUGCAAAUGGAGAAAUUAGUCAGAAACAGCCUGAAGGGAAAAGUGGAAAUUGAAAUCUGAGGACCAGCAUGGAGAUCGCUGCUGAAUAACUUAUUACAGACUCACAGCGUUGCUGCAGCCACCUGAGCAGAAGGGAAGGAGGCAAAAAGGCAACAAGACACAGCAAAGGAACACACAAGCUCCAGAAAUUUCAUUAAGCUUAAAAAAAAGGUUAAACUAAACCAUGCCAGUGGCUGUGGAAGAGGUGUCUCUUCACCCCCUCCCUCCUGUCCUCCCGGAAAAGGGGUCCCUCUCCCAACCGGCACCCCCAGCCCUACUGCAGAGCCCUGUAAUGGUCCUGAUCUCAGAGGGAAUACUCAGAAAUGCAAAGGAGGGUAGGAGGGGCAAAGGAGGAAUAGCUUCAAGUCCUGGCCUGGAAACACGUCUAGCCCAGAAAGGAGAAGGGAGCCUGGCAGGUCACAGCUCUAGGAGGCGAUGCAAAGGGCAGCGAGUGCAGAGACCAUCUGUGCCUGUGCAAAGGGGCAAUGGGGAAGUGAGAUUUCUGGUGGCUGAUGAGGGAGGAUUUGGGGUUCUCUGAGAAGGAGGUGGAGGAGGGUCAAUUAAACAGUGAUAUCUUACAAGAGUGUACACCACAACCUGCUGUCCUUCCCUGUAUCCUUUUUAAAAAAUAAUCAUGAGGUGCUGAAGAGUCCCAUGACAUAUUAGAAUAACUCCUCUAUUCAUGAAUAAUGUGUUCUUCAUAAUUAGGAUAUCUCUUUGCAACUGAGUGGUGGGUGAGUUCCCCACCAUCUGGCUGCGGGUGCCUGUCCCUGUGCUGUCCAGCACCCCCAGCACAGAUGUGGUCCUGCAACCCUGGCCCCAGCAACCCUGUCCCAUUGCUCUCCUGCCCACUGCUCCCUAAAUGACCAUGUCCUGGGCCGGUCUCCCCACCAGUACUCCCAGCCAUUGUCCUAAGGCAGUAACACCAAGAAACAGACACAGAAAGUCACCAGAAAGCUCAUUCACUCCCCAUCUCCCCAAAUCUGUGCCCAAACCCCCCUCUCUUGCCUCAUACACUGGAUUUUGGGUUGCAAGAAGUAUCACGACCAGGUGUCCCAGAUGCCCUCCCUGCUGUGAGGACAAGACCUUGGGGACCAAGCCAGACCCAUUCCCUGGGUUGGUUGAACAUGCCCUCCAUUCCUCCCCUGUCUUGGAGAUGUUCCUCACUCAGCCAGGAGUUCAGAACAGCAGUGUCUGAAGUGCACUGGGAUUUGGUUUCUUUUGCCAGCAGCGGAAAACACACUCUUCCAUCUUGGGCUUCUUCUGUCAAGGUGAGCACUUCCCAGGAGGCCUUUCUCUUCAGAAACAGCUAACGACAGGGUGGAGUCUGUACCAAGGGUGGGGGUGGCCUUUGAAUCUUGCCUCCUUCUGGGAUACAGACAAGAAGAAAGCUACCAAGGAAAAAACCACCAGCACCUCAGUGCAGAUCUGAGCAACCAACGCAUCUGAGCUGCCACCUGCUUCCCCCAGCUCUGCUCACACUGCUCGCCCCUUGGCAAGUGCUGUGGCAUGCCAGAAUGGGGCCACUGGCUACAAAUGGGGCCUGGGGAGUGCUAACAAGGGAUGCUGGGAUGGGACCCUACUGGAUCUUGCUCCUCUUCCCUCAGGGAUGAGGUGAUAGAAUGGAGGAGAAGGGGAAAGAAGCCGGUGUGGUUUGUGGGGGAGACAAGACCCCUGUGGGCCCCUGUCCCCAGACAAAGAGAUUCACUUGUCCUCCCAGCCUCCUCACCUGCUCUCUUUGUGGUCAGCCCCAAGGUGGGUUAUGUGGAAACCACAAAGGUUGGACAUGAGGUAUCCUUCCUGCUGCACUUCCUGCACCUUCACUGCCUGGGAGGACAAAGCCCCUUGCAGUGGCAAAGCUACCACCUGCUCUCUGAGCAGCACAUGUCAGUGGGAUGGGAUUGUAACCAUGCUGAUGGGACAGAAAUGCCUCAGUUCUCCCCCCAUCUGUCCUCUGGAGGCUGGUGAGAAGAGACACUGGGAAAUAAAAGCAGAGUAAGUCCUUUGGCUCACUGAA